GAAUUCGUGGAACUCAAAAAUUAACAAACAAACCUUGAUAAGCGAUUGUUUUCAGCAUAUUAUUCCAAUUAUAGUUUUAAACAGAAGCCUAAUCCCUUCAGUCGUGAAGGCGUUUAAGUCUGGCAAUUCCUCUUUAGAAAAGCCACAGAACAACAGAUGGGAUCUUGAAUGUGAGUGCUAUAAAUUUGGAUACAGACAUCAAUCUUUGAACAAAGCGGAGACAGAGGACAGAAUAAACUAGUGAAGCGGUACGGCCGGAUUUCGUUCAGCUUCGGAAAAUUACAAAUUUCAUUACCGUCUUCAGCCUCAGAUCCGGAUAAGCAUGAUUUGUGAUCUGUGCAAGACCAGAAAACUGCGGAGAGAAUUUCCCUCAGAUACUGUGACAGAUACAUGUGAUCAUGCGCCUUUGCAUUGUCUCAGGUGUGUCACAAAGUAUGUUGAAAAACAUCAGAGGUGUUCUCAGUGUCCUCAAGAGGUAAAAACCAGUAAUCCACGGUACCGUGAGUACUUGGAGACCCUGGAGAACUUGUUCCCAAAAUACACUGCGCCCACUGCCACGACUGAAAAUGAGCCGUCUACUUCACUGGUUGGUAACGAGACAAUCUCUGUUGUCAUGUUGGGCGGAGACAGUACAGUAGUGGCCUAUAAACCUGGCAUGACAAUCCAAGACCUGAAGAAAUUUGUGCAGAACCGGCUCGGACCAGCUCCACUAAAACAGCGGCUGUUGUACAAAGAAAAAGAGCUUAAGACUGACUUAGGUACAAAACUGGCCACCUUACAAGAUUACGCUAUACAGCCGUUCAGCACCCUACACCUCAUUGUUGUGUUGUACGAGAUUAACCAGUCCCUUGACCAUGCAAUUUUUGACCUGUUUUGGGGGUAUCCCUCUAGAGGGUGCGACUAUCUAGAUGCGUCAGUUCUUAUCUACAGUGGAUCAGCUCUUCAAGGCAUAGUUGAUUACAGUAGUCGUGGUUUUAUCGGUGUUUCACAUUCUGGUGAUGUAAUGGAUCACAAGAAGCGCAUUGGUCACCAUACCAUAAGUGUACAGCUGAAGUCUUUGCCUAGCAACAUCAACAAGUUAUUUUUCACCCUCAGUGCAUGGAAUUCCCCAAACAUUUCAAAAUAUAAAAAUCCCAGUCUGCGUUUUUUCGAUGCCAAGGAGCCUAACAAACAGCUCUGCAGUGAUCAGAUGGGACAUGCCGCAUACUCUCAGGCCAUCAUCAUGUGCAGUUUGUCAAAAAUUGACGGAAUAUGGAAAGUUUUCAGUUUGCGCACACUGUCUGCUGGAAAUGCAAAUAAUUAUUCUCCACUGCAGCAGACAAUCGGUGGCAUAAUAACUCAAGGACUGUGUUAAAUGUUACUGUAAAUCUUUUAUAAGUUUAAGUGAUUAUUCAUGCUGAAAUUCAUACAGAUUAUAAUGAUAUCUCAGCGUAAGGUGUAACCCGCAAUUCAACGGCCAACUGUAGUACAAAAAAAGAUUCACAGACUUAUGUUAUUAUUGGUAGAAAGACUGAGCAGAUAACUAUAGGAGCUUAAACCUUAUUUAGGCUUUAAGUUUAUGAUCUAGUUAGACUACAUAUAGUGCUGAAACCUUCAAAAUCCUAUAUGCCAUUUCCGCCAGGUUUUGAAUGCGAUUUAAUUAAAGAGAAAGUCAAGAGACUAUCAAAAGAGAAAUUGUAAGAGUUUUUGGAGCAGAGUUCAGUUGAAAUGCUUUUUCAGAUAGUGGAAUAGCCAAUGUUACAAAAAGCAUAAUAAAGAACUGCAAAGUUAGUGUUAA